CCCCGGCGUGGUAGGCGGACCUAUGCGCAGCAAAGUGAAAGUGGCCAUCCUAAGCACCCUGGUGCUGCGGGACCCACCGCUUUGCUCUAGGGCGUCCUUCCUCCCUGUCCUGACCUUGGCUGCAAAACUUUGAGCAGCAUAGCGGCUCCACCAGCCCCGAGCCUUAAGCCCCUCCUCGCAGUCCCCGCUGGUAUACAGGUCUGCACCCGGGUCCUGUGCCAUGGGUGCCUCCAGCUCCAGGGCGCUGGCCCGCCUGGGCCUCCCCGGGCAGCCCCGCUCCACCUGGCUGGGCGUCGCGGCGCUGGGCCUGGCCGCCGUGGCGCUGGGGACCGUGGCCUGGCGUCGUGCGCGCCCCAGGCGGCGCCGGCGGCUGCAGCAGGUGGGCACGGUGUCGAAGGUCUGGAUCUACCCUAUCAAGUCCUGCAAGGGGGUGGUGGUGACCGAGACGGAGUGCACCGCCAUGGGGCUGCGCUGCGGCAAAGUGCGCGACAGGUUCUGGAUGGUGAUUAAGGAAGACGGACACAUGAUCACCGCCCGGCAGGAGCCUCGCCUCGUGCUGGUCUCCAUUACCUUGGAGAACAACUAUCUGACCCUCAUGGCUCCAGACAUGGACCAGAUGAUUUUGCCUAUCAAGCUGCCUUCUUCAAACAAAGUCUACGACUGCAGGCUCUUUGGUCUUGACAUUAAAGGCAGAGAUUGUGGCGAUGAGGUAGCUCAGUGGUUCACCAACUACCUGAAAACGCAGCCCUACAGGUUGGUUCAGUUUGACACGAACAUGAAGGGAAGGACAACCAAGAAACUUUACCCUUCUGAAGGUUACCUUCAGAAUUACGAGGAUACCUGGGAUGAACUCCUAAUUGGUGAUGUAGAAAUGAAGAAGGUGUUGUCUUGCCCCAGGUGUGUUUUGACCACGGUGGACCCAGACACUGGCAUCAUAGACAGGAAGGAGCCUCUGGAAACCCUGAAGAGCUACCGCCUGUGUGAUCCUUCUGUGAAGAAUAUAUACCAGGCAUCCCCACUUUUUGGGAUGUAUUUUUCAGUGGAAAAAAUUGGAAGACUGAGAGUUGGUGACCCUGUGUAUCGAAUGGUGGAUUGAUGGACCCGCCAGAGUGCCAGGUUCCCAGAAGAUCUCAACCAGCAACAGUUCUUCAGAGAACCCCAACUUCACAGCCUCACCCAUCUUCAGUGAACCCCAACUUCCCAGCCUUAACUAUCUUCUUCCUUGAAGUGAAUCUCUGUUUUUGACUUUUAGAGUUGCUUAUGCUCUGUGUGGGAACAUUAGGAUUGUGUAAAUAUUAAGUAAUGAAGGUUUUUUUAAGUAAACAAAGUUGUCUGUACAAUUAUUCUGAAUGGUAUUCUAUUACAUUUUUCUAAUCUCCAACUUUAAUAUUAAUGAGUAAAGAAAGUUUAAAGAGUCAGCUAAAAAGUUUCCAAUUAAAAAAUGUGUAUACUU